GUGACGCGCUCUCUGAGUGGAUGCGUCCGUAACUUCAAGCUGAACAACCUUCCGCUGGACGACCUCUCUGCGGAGGAAGGCGUCGAGCCGUGCGCCGACAACGUCGAACCCGGAACCUUCUUCUCUAUAGACGGCGGCCAUCUUAUCCUCUCCGACAACUUCAAGGUUGGGCUUGACCUUGACCUUCAGCUAGAGAUUAAGCCGCGCAGCAUGGACGGCAUGAUUAUGUACGUUAGCGCCAGCACCAGCACGGACUUCCUCGCACUACAGCUAGUCAACGGUAACCUCACCUUCUCCGUCGACAACGGCGCCGGCAUCAUCAGCGCCACCUACAGUCCAGCCGAGGCAACAGGGCUCUGCGACGGAAGCUGGCACAGCGUGCAGGCUGUGAAAGCUAAGAACCUGGUGACGCUGAGCGUGGACGGAGUGUUUGUGAAGCCCGGCAUCGGUCAGAUCGGCAUCUCGUCCGCUGACACCAACGACCCGCUCUACAUCGGAGGCAUCCCCGAUGCGCCGCUGCCGGGAGUGCUGACCCAGUCUCAGUUUGUCGGAUGCAUCCGGGACGUCUACUUCAACCAAAAGAUCCGCAGUCUAGCAGACGCCAGCGAGCUCGUCGGCACGGUAACGCUCAACAGCUGCCCGACGACGUAAGACGGUAGACGACGUGGCAGAGGCAGCGCUGUUGCUACAUGUUGUUAUGUGUUUAUUACUUCUUCUCCGUCAUGUGUCUGUUGUUUUGUUCUUGUGUGUCCACACACAAUGUGUCUUUCUGGUCUCUCUCUCCCCGUCCUCCCACACAAUGUGUCUUUCUGGUCUCUCUCUCCCCGUCCUCCCACACAAUG